UUGUCAAUUGUCAUAAAUCUCGUCAAAUUGUCAAGUAACUCAAGUUUUUAUUUACAAUACAAUAUUCUGAUAAAGAUAAUUGAACGCUUUCCAUAAUUCUUUUUACUUGUAACGAAAAUUGUACUACAAAAUGAGUUGUUUUGAAAAUAUUACAUUGCCAAACUGCGUUUGGUUUGAAAGCGGUGAAAAGCGUAACGUUCUGGCAUCCCUAUUAUCUGGUCUAUUGUUUUUUACAGGAUGGUGGUUUAUAAUUGAUGCGGCAGCUGUGUACCCUGGGGACCUCCCCAAUGCUGCACAUGUGUGCGGAGUAAUGGCAACACUGUCUCUCCUUAUGGUUAAUUCUGUAUCAAAUGCACAGGUUCGAGGUGAGACAUAUACGGGAGGGUGCAUGGGACCGCGCGGCGCUAGGCUGUGGCUGUUUCUGGGAUUUGUUGUUGGUUUUGCCUCCCUCAUUGCUGCUUGUUGGAUACUCUUUGCUAACUAUGUUAAUGCGGGCAGCAGCAAGCACACUUGGCCCGGAGUGAGCUUAUUCCUACAAAACGCGUUCAUCUUUGCUGGAUCCCUUGUAUUCAAAUUCGGCCGUACUGAAGAGGUCUGGGGAUAGAUGACAUUGACAAUUAAAUUACUUUGAGUAUAGAAAAAGAAACAGUUAAUUCUUUUUUUUUUCAAUUUUCAAUCUAAUGUCAGAUAUCAAUGUAAAGUAAUUGUCCAAUAGCAUCGUUUCGCGCCUUUCCAAUUAUUACACUGAUAAAAAAUUAUAUUAAGUGGUGAAACUGUUAAAUUAGUUAUAUGUUUUUAAAUAAAUCUUAGGAGCUAGUUGAGAUUUUCUAAGUUAUAUGGUUCUUGGAGAAAAUGUUUACAAUAUUUAAACUAAUUUAUGUAUUAAUUAUUGCCAGUAAUAACUUGAAAAACAAACUAAUGUCUGUUAUAAUUUCAACAAUUUAAAAACGGAAGAACCAUUUAUUUAGACACAAAACCGCCCGAGGUGAAAACGUGAUUGUAAAAAAGCUGUGUAUCGUCAAAUGUACAACAAACUAGUUUUGCCGCGAUUUUUACCCGCGAACAUUUUCAAAAAUUCUGUUAUUAAAAUAAGUAACGGGAAUAACCGUAUCUGAGGCUUUUAUUGGGUUGUUGAGCUAUAAAAUCACGCGGUGUAUGGCCUAGGCAGACAGCCAAUCAGUGAAACAGAUAGAUAUGUCAUCUGCCCCACACUCCACUCGGGCCAUCACUUGUACAGCCUAGGCAAAGAGAGAAUAAAAAAUAUCAAACAAUUUUUUAGGAAAAGUUAGAAAAUUUAUGUUUAAGUUUGAAUUUUGUAAACAUUGUCUAUCAAGAAACUGUUAAAUUUCGUUAUGAUUAUGAUUUUAAAGUAAUUUAAAACAAUUCAUCUUGCGAUUGCAAGCAUUAUGUAAUUAUCUUAGUGUAUUAAAAUUUACUGUAAGCAAUUUCUAUAUAAUUAAAAAAUCUGAAUAUUUAAAAUGUAAGCUCAUUUGGAUUCGAUAAUUAUUAGUUUGUACACGUUAUUUUUGUUGUAUUGCUGAUUUUGUAUCCUUCAAAAUAAAGAUCUUAUUUAAUUAAAA